GGCAUCAGCUGGUCGAGCGAAGCGGGACUCGAACCUGCGGCACACGGGACAACAGCAGCGACGACACGGCCACAGACCCGAGGGGCACCAGCCUCCUCCUCCUCCAGCACCUCCUCCACAUCCACCUCCUCCUCCUGCUCCUCCUGCUCCGAAUUUCUCAAGGGGACUACUAGGAGAGAGAAGCUGAUUUUCCCCGGAAAGAAGAACUCGUGGGCGUGAGACUCCACCAACGUGUCUGCUGAGAAUCCAAUACAACUACUGGAUGCUGCAACUGAGAACGAGAGAGGAAGAGGAGGAAGAAACAGUCAAAGAGAGAAAAGGAGAGAGAGAACUUGUCCUCCCCAGAGUCAAGAGGGGGGGUGUUUGGUCACAGAGAUCAUUGUUCGGCAGAAGUUUCUCAAGGGAGAACCGGCCAUUGAAAAGUCUGUAAUGGCUGAGCCGUCGUCAGCCCAGGUGACCGAGUGCACCUGAACAGAACUCGUUUAUUACUGCGACUUCAAGAAAGGACUGACUCCUAAGAAUCCUCUGAAUCCUCUGAAUCCUCUUUGCCUGGAUUUUUAUUUUAUUCUAUUUUUGGUGGUUUUACCUGGAAGUGAGAAACGAGCACCUGAGAGCGUAUGACUGUGAUUUUUGGGACCGUCUGAGUCGAGCUGCUGAGGCUCAAGCAUCCAUGGGCUGGAAUGCAUAUUCUCACAUAUGGAAGCAGACUUAACAGGACUGUUUGAGCCUGUGACGGCCCUGGAGGCGGCCAUGUUGGAUCUGUUCCUCAGAGUGCCGGUGUCGACCCGCCUUCACCCGACGACUUGCAGCACCACGCUGCCAACCUAAGCCAUCUCUCUCUCUCUCUCUCGCUCUCUCGCUCUCUCUCUCUUCCUGCAUUCCUUUGCUUCCUCCGCCUGGUCAGGAGAAAGGUCCUUUGAAGGAACAUGUCCUAUGCACACGACCACACGCUGCUGACCUGGAGCUCACCUCACCUCACCCUCCUGCCGCUGACCUACCUCUGGCUCCUGGCUCCAGCCACAGGUGUGUCAGCAGAUGUCUGCCGGGUGACCGGCGGCGUGCUGGGGAUCCACUGGAGCAGCACCAUCGGCCUGGGUUGGCAUCCUCUAGCAACGGGCCGAGCCGGGGCGACGUGUUGGGAGUCCUGCUGCUUGAAUCCGAGCUGCGACGCCGUGUGGAGCCUCGGCGGGCACUGUGUGCUCCUCAGCUGCUCCCAGAAGGGGGGCUGCCUCAUCUCCUUCCUGCCCCAGCCCCACCAGGAGUCUCUUGGCUUCCUGCAGCUGAUCGCCAAGGGUCCCAUCACAGCGAGACGUAGAAAGGCUCGCAAUGCACCGCAAACAGGAAGCCACCCGCCGCACACAGGACACCUGAAUGACACGGAAAGUCCCAACCUGGAAACAGAUCAUCCAACUCUUUCUGCACCCAGCACCAUCCCCCUUCUUCAGAAGCCCCAAAAGAACCUCAGCCAUUCAACCAAUGGGAGUUCGGACUCCUCUGAGGUUCCAUCACAAAUCAGCUCGACGACACUGCACGACACUGUUGAGACUCCUCCGUCUUCCAAUGGCAGUGAUGUCACCUCACCCACAGCGACUGAAGCUGCCACCGUCACCACUACAACACAGGCUGUGAGGGAGCUGGUGGUGUCAGCGGGGGAGAGCGUGGAGGUGACGCUUCCCCGCAGCUCGGUCGAACUCAACGCCUUUGUGGUCCCAACAUCACCAGAAGGGACAGACUAUACAUUUGAAUGGCGCCUGAUUACACAUCCCAAAGACUACAGCGGGGAGGUGGAAGGGAAGCACAGCAAGACGCUAAAGCUCAGCAAGCUGACCGUGGGCCUGUAUGAGUUUGAGUUGACGGCGGACGGGGAGGGGGCUCACGGUGAAGGUUACGUCAAUGUCACAGUCAAACCAGAGCCGCGGAUAAACAAGCCGCCUGUUGCCAUAGUUUCCCCGAAGUUCCAGGAGAUUUCCUUGCCGACCAGCUCUACGGUGAUAGACGGCAGCCAGAGCACAGAUGAUGACAAGGUGGUUGCUUGGCUGUGGGAAGAGGUCAAAGGUCCCCUGAGGGAGGAGAAGGUCUCUGCCGACACCGCCAUCCUCACCCUCACCAACCUGUUGCCUGGGAACUACACGUUCAGUUUGACCGUGACGGACUCGGACGGAGCCACAAACUCAACACAGGCCAACCUCUCUGUCCACAAAGCCAAGGACUACAGGCCCCAGGCCAAUGCCGGCGCAAACCAGGCUCUCCAGUUGCCACGGAACUCCAUCACUCUGUACGGCAACCAAAGCACAGACGACCAUGAUACCCUGUUGUAUGAGUGGUCCCUCAGCCCGGAGAGCAAAGAUAAAGUGGUGGAGAUGCAGGGUGUGCGGACACCGAUCCUGCAGCUGUCGGCGAUGCAGGAGGGAGACUACACCUUCCAGCUGACCGUGACCGACUCAUCCGGACAGCAGGCAACCGCCCAGGUCACGGUCAUUGUGCAACCAGAAAACAAUAAACCACCCGUGGCAGAUGCAGGACCAGAGAAGGAGCUGACGCUGCCGGUGGACAGAACCACACUGGACGGCAGUAAGAGCAGCGAUGAUCAGAAGAUCGCCACCUACCACUGGGAACAAACCAGUGGUCCUGAUAAUGUGAAGAUUGAGAACGCAGGCGCAGCCGUUGCCACGAUUACGGGCCUCGAGGUCGGCAAGUACGAGUUCACCCUGACGGUAACGGAUGACAGGAAGCUGAAGAGCACCGACAAGGUCUCGGUUAUCGUCAGAGAAGAACUGGACCAACCGCCGGUGGCUCACGUCCUGUCGAGUCCACCUGUCUCGCUGCCGGCCAGGACCGCCACUCUGGACGGAUCUCACACAACAGACGACAAAGGCGGAGUCACUUUCCUAUGGACGAGAGACGACAGCAGCCCUGCAGCAGGAGACGUACUGAACAACUCUGACCACCAGGCGGUGCUGUUCCUGGGAAACCUGGUGGUUGGGAAGUACAGUUUCCAUCUGUUAGUGACUGACAGCAAAGGACAGACCAGCACUGACAGGGGAACCUUGGAGGUCAAACCAGACACGUGGGAGCGGGACCUGGUGGAGCUGGUGUUGGAGGUCUCGGUAUCGCAGGUCUCCCACCGGCAGCGGGACAUGCUGCUGCGGCAGGUUGGGGUUCUACUGGGCGUGCUCGACAGCGACAUCAUAGUGCGAGAGAUCCGUGCGUAUAAUGAGCACAGUACUCGUCUGGUCUUCCUGGUGUCAGGCGGUCCGGGGCGCCCCCCUCUGUCCGGUCACAGCGUUGCACUCGGCCUACGCAACAAACUGCGCAAACAGAAGAGCGACUUCCUCAUUUACAAGGCUCGACGUGUGGACACAGUCAUCUGCCAGCUGAACUGCUCCGGCCACGGCGAGUGUGACUCGUUCACCAGGCGAUGUGUCUGUCACCCGUUCUGGAUGGAGAACUUCAUCAGAGCUCAGCUCGGAGACGCAGAGAGCAACUGUGAGUGGAGCGUGCUCUAUGUGACUAUAGCAUCUUUUAUGAUUUUGGUUGCCAUGGCAACAAUUGUCUGGGGGAUAGUGUGUUGCUGCAAAAGACGAAAGAGCAAAGUGCGCAGAAGUAAAAGUCGAUACAAGAUGCUGGAGGCGGACGAGCAGGACGGUCUGGAGCUUCAGCUGCAGAGAGUCGCCCGUAUGAAGCCCGUCCCAGCCCCCACCUCUUCCGCCCUCAUGCACUCGGACUCGGACCUGGACAGUGACGAGGGGCACGGAGGGGUCCCGUGGACGGACCAGGAGCGGGGGCACCUCCUGCGGCCCCAGAACGGCUCCCUGAGGAACGGCCAGGGGCCGGUCAGGGGCAAGAAGCAAAGAGAGGAGCUGCUAUAGCAGGAGAGGAGGGGGGAGCUCACCGCGGCUCUCGUACAUCCCUCCUCCACCCCUCUGUUCCUCACUCUUCCUCUGCUUCUUUUGUUGUUGUUCAACACAAAAACCUCACACCUCUCAUCCAUGAAGACGGACAGCGGGACACCUGGAUUUAAAAAAAGGGAGAGAGGGAAAAACAUGCUGGAAACGUGUUGUCCCACUGGCACGGAAAAAACACCAUUAUACUGGAAUGUCCCUGAUCACCACACUGAUCCAACUUGGAGGGAAAGAACUAAAACGUUAAAUGAGAAUUCUGGGGAGACCACUGUGUUUUGUAUAAAAUAUAACAUAGACCCCUAUUAUUUAACACACAGAGACAAAAAGAAUGUACUGUCACCCUCUGACUGAGGCACGCGUUAGUUAGAGGCCGCGGGAGAGAACACUAGCCUGAGUUACACUUGACUUCCUGGAUUUGAUAAAACACACAAAAAUAAACACUGCUGUGAUGACACGAGCACCAGCCACUUGACACUCUCACUCCUCGCCUCUUGUAGACGUGCAUGUUCGCACACAACUUAUUCGAGGUCGACCCGGUGCUACCAAACAGCGCCGUGUGAAAACCAACUGUCAACUCUGCUCUGGGGAUUUUGUUUGAGAAAAACGCAACAGAACAGCUUCAGACAACAACAACAACAACAAUUGUGCAUGAGAAGUCAGAUUGCAGUUGUGGUACAAAAUGACCUUGGAAUGACCGCCUGCAUGUUUGUGUGGAUUAGUUUGGCUGCUGUGGCAAAAGAUGUGAUCUUUAGCUCGGUUUUUUUUUUUUUAUGUCGUGAUGUCAGUUAUGGCGGAAGCACCGUGCUUUUAUUGUGAAGGUUUUCUCUGUGGAUUAAAUCCACACACACACACACUCACACACUGGAUCACACAACUUUAAUGAGUUUGCUCUCAGCGGGGGGGAAGAUAACGAGGAGACAGACAUGAAGUUCACAACAACGUCCCGACACUGUUUCCUCCUUCAUCUCAUGUAACGACUGCUUGAACCUUGAAGACCACUUUUAUUUUAUUUUAUUUUUUAAACAAACAACCUUUACGCUGUGAUUAAGUGUCCGUGCACUUUUGAUUUCCUGUCAGGUUGCAUCUUAUUUUGUCUCGCUGGUUGAUCUGUGAUGGUUAAAGUUGGAACUUCAGCUGGAAACACAGGCCGAUGCAGCUUUCAGUGUAGAAAACGCUGUAUAUCCUUGACUUUAAAGACCAAAUGAGCUGAUGUCGUUUCUCCAACCUGGAUGCAGCUCGUGUCCAGAGGCAAACUCAGUGAUUUGGUAUGAACAUGUUUGCUUUAGUGAACAGGAUAGGACAAGCUUCAGCUGUUUCUGGAAUUCCAGACUCCGCCAAGGCCCGACAGUCCUUAAAUUCAACCAAGCUGCACCAACUUACAGAGACUCAUGAAUAUCAGUACGAUAAAUACGAUUGUUUUAAUCGAGAUCCAUUCAUUAUUUCUAAGGAGAUCAGGGGAAAUGCAAAGAAAAAGCCCCUAUUUUACAGCGUUGGAGAAAGUGAAUAAAAACAUUCCAGGAGACCUUUUGUCCAGAUUUGCUCCAAAAUUAGAGUUCUGUAAUUUUGUUAACAAACAGACAAAAGGAAAUGAAAACAUUACUUCCUAGUCGGAGGUAAUUAUCAUCCCUGAAGACCACGUUUAUCUUUGCUUCUCUACUGGCACAUUUUCACUAAAUGUAACAUGAGGAUCACAAAAAAGACCAUCUGUAUAAGUGACACAACCGAGACUAAACAAAUCACCACUAAUCCUCCAUUUGUUAUAAAAAUCGAGUUGUGUCCUCAAACGAAACCUGAAAACUGAGUUUAAUCCUUGGGAAACAAAUGAUUUCUUCCCACAAACACGACAAAGAUCAGGAGGUUAAUCUGAGGGAGGUUUGCUUCUUCUCAUGGGAGCUCAUCGCUGUGGAUACACCAGGACACAGUAGGAAGUCUGUAGUAACCGAGAAGAGAGAGAGAGAGAGAAGGAAAAACAACGGAGCAGUAAUCAGAGAAGUUUCUGGGCUGAAUGAAAACUUUAACCACGUUACUCCUCUUUACGAACGCCUCAGCGUGUGGUCGCUCUCGCGUGCAGAAUGUGAAACUGAUCCACGAGACACUUUUUCUUUGGUUGUUGAAUGUGGAAAGGGUACGGUGUUAACUCUGUUUGGCUCCUACUCUGUGUGAAAUAAGCAAUCAGGUUUUCUUACUGUUCAGUCAUUUCAUGCUGAUGUUACUUCUGCUGUUCAUAGCAUCAGACCAGCUCAGAGGUUUAUUAUUUAAUAUUUUGGCCUAUUUUUGCCAGUUUCUGAGAGGCAAAGUAAAAUCAAGUGAAUCGAAAUGCAAACACUGUAAAUCUUCAUCUUUUCACACGUUGAAGUAAUUUUAUAUUUGAGCCAUUUCUCUUUUCUUUCUUUUUUUGUUGCACAUCUUUAUUUUGGUGUCAUUGCCAAGACUCGAUGUUGAUUCACUAAUUUCUUGUUUAGGCCUUUACCUUUCACCAAAAGUUCGAAUAUAUAUAUAUAUAAAAUCAAUUUAAGGAUCCAAAAUUCUGCAUUUCUCAUGUUACAUGUGCGACAUUUUCCCGUCACAUUUGGAAUUUGUCGACGUAAGUGAAUUGACCUCGACUCUGAUGGAGUCCACUGUGAAGGCAGACAGACAAACAGGUAGCAACUGUUAAAUGAAGGGAAUUUAAUUUUAAAAUGUUUCAGUGAAGUUAUUCCUCUCUUUCUUUCGUUGUGCGUGUGACCAGACCUGAUGCAACUGGAUCAUCUGUAAAUUCCAAUAAAAAAUGUUUGUUCUUGCGUUUUCUCAGA